AUGUCUGGUAACGGUGCUCAGGGUACUAAAUUCAGAAUUUCUCUAGGUUUGCCAACCGGCGCCAUCAUGAACUGUGCUGACAACACUGGUGCCAGAAACCUGUACAUCAUGGCUGUCAAGGGCUCUGGUUCCAGAUUGAACAGAUUGCCAGCCGCCUCUUUGGGUGACAUGGUUAUGGCCACUGUCAAGAAGGGUAAGCCUGAAUUGAGAAAGAAGGUCAUGCCAGCCAUCGUUGUGCGCCAGUCCAAGCCAUGGAGAAGAAAGGACGGUGUCUUUUUGUACUUCGAGGACAACGCCGGUGUCAUCGCCAACCCUAAGGGUGAGAUGAAGGGUUCUGCCAUCACUGGUCCAGUCGGUAAGGAAUGUGCUGACUUGUGGCCAAGAAUCGCUUCCAACUCUGGUGUCGUUGUGUAA